AUGGAUUAUCUCUCUGCCAACGAAGACCUACCACCCUCGGAUUCAACCACUGCUGACGAACUGGAGCACAAUGUUUUCAUCAGGGACAACCGUAUGACGAGAAUGAACUUCGGCGACGGCCUUAAGCUCGACAACAACGAACGAGUCUCUACUCUAGGGGAGAGCGUCAUUCCGGGCUCUGCUUCGCUGAUCUCAAAGAAGAGGAAGGCUGUGGUACGGCAGGACGAUGAGCAUGGACAACGCCCCGAUGCAGAAACCUCUCUCAAGACAGCCACUAAGCCUGGCCUCAGGGACCUACAGGUCGUGAAAGCCGCCCAGAGCGGUGCUAGCGUGCUUGACCGCACAGUCCAGUUCGAAUCGCCAUGGCACCGCUUCUGUGAGAAAUUCGAACUGAACCUUGGCGGAUAUGUCUCCAUCGUAGCCGAUCGAUCUCCCCCCUACGAUAUCUUCAUGGUGAAGCGCCUGACGGGACCUGAUGCUGUCCAGAAGGUCCGUAUGCUACAGAGAGUGCGGCACCAGAACUUCCACAACAUGGUUGACUGCUUUAGCUCUGAAGGCUCGCACUAUGCAGUCUUUCAGCACCUUCCUGUCACGCUUGCUAAUAUCGUGUACUCGCCUCCAUACCCUACUGAGCGUGAGCUGGCGGCAGCACUGGCACAGAUUGUCAAAGGGCUCAAGUAUCUCGCCUCGUGCGGGCUCGAGCAUGCGUCUCUUAGCUGCUCCAACAUUCUCGUAGGCACAGAAGGCGAUAUAAAAAUUGCUGGUCAAGAGUGUUGCAGGGAAAUGGCGGUUCCAGGUCGGGGAAGUUCGCGAGAUAUGGAGGCUCUCAUGAGCAUAACCAUGAAGCUGACGCAGAAAAGCGCCUACAACAAGGGGGCUGGCGGUGCAUACGACAUGGAGCGAUGGCCAGCCGACUGCAAAGCAUCAGCCAACUGCACAUAG